AUGUCCAGUGGGGGAAGGUUUAAUUUUGACGAUGGAGGGUCGUACUGUGGAGGCUGGGAGGACGGAAAGGCUCAUGGCCACGGAAUCUGUACCGGCCCGAAGGGUCAAGGUGAAUAUUCGGGCUCCUGGAGUCACGGCUUUGAGGUGCUGGGGGUCUACACUUGGCCCAGCGGCAACACUUACCAGGGCACCUGGGCGCAGGGCAAGCGCCAUGGCAUUGGCACGGAGAGCAAGGGGAAGUGGGUGUACAAAGGAGAGUGGACCCACGGAUUUAAGGGACGGUACGGGGUCCGAGAAUGCACUGGAAACGGGGCCAAGUACGAAGGCACCUGGAGCAAUGGAUUACAGGAUGGCUACGGGACAGAGACCUACUCGGAUGGAGGGACAUACCAGGGCCAGUGGGUCGGAGGGAUGCGCCAGGGUUACGGCGUCCGGCAGAGCGUUCCCUACGGCAUGGCUGCGGUUAUCAGGUCACCCCUGAGGACGUCCAUCAACUCCCUGCGCAGCGAGCACACCAACGGCACGGCGCUGCACCCCGACUCCUCGCCGGCGGUGGCCGGCAGCCCCGCCGUCUCCCGGGGUGGCUUCGUCCUCAUGGCCCACAGCGACGCCGAGAUCCUCAAGAGCAAGAAGAAGGGCAUCUUCCGGCGGUCGCUGCUGAGCGGGCUCAAGCUCCGUAAGUCCGAGUCCAAGAGCUCCUUGGCCAGCCAGCGGAGCAAGCAGAGCUCUUUCCGGAGCGAAGCGGGGAUGAGCACGGUCAGCUCCACCGCCAGCGACAUCAACUCCACCAUCAGCCUGGGCGAGGGCGAAGCCGAGCUUUCCGUCAUCGAAGAUGACAUCGACGCCACCACCACCGAGAUCUACGUCGGCGAGUGGAAGAAUGACAAGCGGUCGGGCUUCGGGGUGAGCCAACGCUCAGACGGGCUGAAGUACGAGGGAGAGUGGGCCAACAACAAGCGUCACGGCUAUGGCUGCAUGACCUUCCCUGACGGCACCAAGGAGGAGGGCAAGUACAAGCAGAACGUCCUGGUCAGCGGCAAGAGGAAGAACCUCAUCCCGCUGCGGGCCAGCAAGAUCCGCGAGAAGGUGGAUCGGGCCGUCGAGGCGGCCGAGCGGGCGGCCACCAUCGCCAAGCAGAAAGCGGAGAUCGCGGCGUCCAGGACCUCUCACUCCAGGGCCAAGGCGGAGGCGGCUGUGACGGCGGCGCAGAAAGCUCAGGAGGAAGCGCGGAUCGCCAGGAUCACUGCCAAAGAGUUUUCGCCUUCCUUCCAGCACAGGGAAAAUGGGCUCGAAUGCCAGAGACCGAAGCGCCAGAACUCGAGCGAUGACAUUGAGGUCCUCUCCACCGGGACGCCUCUCCAGCAAGAGAGCCCCGAGCUGUACCGCAAAGGGACCACCCCGUCCGACCUGACUCCCGAUGACAGCCCGCUGCAGAGCUUCCCUGCCAGUCCCUCCUCCACGCCGCCCCUGGGUCCUUCCUGCCGGAACAAGAGCGCUCACUUCUCCAGGCAGGUCUCGGUGGAUGAAGAGAGGGGUGGGGAGAUCCAGAUGUUGCUGGAGGGACGCGGCGGGGAUUACUUGCGCCCCAACAGCUGGAGCGAAGAGAAGGUCGGCGGGACUCGCGGCGUGAGAAGCGGGACGCUGCGCAGCGGUCAGCUGGGGUCAGCCUCCGUCCCUGAAGACUACAGAGGUCGGAGUGGAGGACACAAACAUUCGGCCUCCAACCACAAGCAGAGAGAGAGGUGGACAGAUUCCCCAGCCACGGUUUCAUGGACUUCCCACCACAGGUCUCACAACCACAGCUCAGGGAGCUCCAAACUGCUUGAGCUGGAUGAGGAGAAGAUGAGCAAUUAUGAGAUGGAGAUGAAGCCCCUCAUGAGGAUGGAUUCUUAUAUGCAAGAGAUUCACACCCAAAAAAGACACUAUAGCAAAGGGGGACCCUGCAGGAGCAUGGCUGACGACCACCGCGGGGAAGACCGGGGCUUCGGGGUUCAGAGACUGAGGUCUAAGUCCCAGAACAAAGAGAAUUUCAGGCCAGCUUCCUCUGCCGAGCCCACGGUGCAGAAACUGGAAAACCUGAGAUUCGGGGACAAAGCUGAACCUCGGCUACUAAGGUGGGACUUAACCUUCUCCCCGCCACAGAAAUCCUUACCUGUUGCACUAGAAUCUGAAGAGGACAAUGGGGAUGCGCUCAAAUCCAGUACGGGCUCGGCUCCCAUCCUGGUAGUCAUGGUGAUCUUACUAAAUAUUGGAGUCGCCAUUUUGUUUAUUAACUUUUUCAUCUAA